UCUCUCUCUCUCUCUCUCUCCCUACUUUUAGUUCUUGUGGAUCUACAGUUAAAACAUUUUUUAAAUUUUUGUUGUUGUUGUUUGAUGCAGAUGAUAAGCGAAGCAAUAUCGUCAUUGAAGGAUCGCACAGGUUCGAGCCAACCAGCGAUCGCGAAAUUCAUGGAAGAAAAGUACAGCUCUCUGCUUCCUCCAAAUUUCAAGAAAAUGUUGUUGAUUCAAUUGAAGAAGUUUGUGAAAUCGGAGAAACUUGUCAAAAUCAAAAACUCGUACGAGGUGUCUACAUCUGAGAACGUGAAAUUGGUUGCUGCUGCUGCUGCUUCUAUCAAAGAAUCCGAGAAAACAGACAAAGCUGUUGUGAAAAACGGAGAGAAGACGAAGAGGCUGAGCCAAGUCAAAACUCCAAAGGCUUUGAAGAAGAAGAAGAAGAAAGUUUCGACCCCUGCGAAGAGGAACUCAUCCAAGUCGGUCAAGGUUAGGGCUUGAUGACGAUGAUGUUUAAUGGUGAUUUCAAGUUAUACAUAUGUAGUAGGAAUAUGGAAUGUAGUAAUAGUAAUCUGACUGUUAGAUCUACGUUUCUUCUAAUUUGCUUGUAAGUCUGACUUUCUGCAUACAUAUUGUGUUUAAAUAUUGUAGGUCAGGUCUUGAGUUUGGUACUAAUUUGGGUUCUCAUGCUCAAAAGUACCUCAAAUAUAUAUAUAUAU